GGACCGGGACUACGACGACAUGGACGAGGAGGACCCGUUCAACCCGCAGGCGCGGCGCAUCGCCACCCACAACCCGGCGCGGGGGCAGCUGCGCAGCUUCUGCAGCUACAGCAGCAGCCUGGGCAGCCAGAGCAGCCUGCACCCCCCGGCCCAGACCAUCUCCAACGCCCCCGUCUCCGAGUACAUGAACCAAGCGGUGCUUUUCGGUGGAAACCCGCGCUACGAGAACGUGCCCCUGAUCGGCAGAGGCUCUCCCCCCCCCACG